UCUUCGUCACUUUCUGAGCACUAGCAAGUAAAAAGUAAAAAACUCGCUGUUUACAACUAUUCCUGUAUCCCACUCCUCCUCCUUCUCCUCCUUACGCCCAGAAUCCAGAACUCCAGAGAAAAAGUGUGCUUGAGAAAGAUGACGAUGUUUCACUUCUUGAAUUGUGCGAUACUCACAUUCGGUCCUCACUUCGUCUAUUACUCUGCCACUCCCUUAUCGGAGUACGACACACUUGGAACAUCCAUCAAGACUGCUAUUGUUUAUCUUGUUACAGCGUUGGUGAAGCUUGUUUGUCUGGCAACAUUUCUGAAGGUUUCAGAUAGUGAGAACUUUGAUCCAUAUCAGGAACUAUUAAAGGCAUCAAUCGGUUUUGUAGAUGUUGCUGGCCUAUACUUUGCGUUGACUCAAUUGACACACAGGAACAUCUCCCAAAAUCACAAAUUUCAAGCUGUUGGUCUUGGAUGGGCUUUUGCGGAUUCUGUUCUACACAGGUUAGCUCCUCUAUGGGUGGGUGCGAGGGGAUUGGAAUUCACAUGGGAAUACGUUCUGCAAGGUCUUGAAGCAAAUGCCAAUCUGGUGUUGUGCAUUUCUCUGGCUGCAUUGGGGUCCUUGAUGUGGCUCAGGAAAAACAAGCCAAAGACGUUGAUACCUAUAAUAUACUUGUGUGCUGGGAUAGUGGCCACCAUGCCGUCUAUCACAAGCUAUUUACGGCGAGGUAUGGGAUGGAAACUUCCAGAAGUUGUCGGCUUUCAGCUGCUCGCUUCUUUGGUGAUCGCUUUUAUUAGCUGGCAACUCUUUGCAGCAUGUCAAAGACCAUCUUUUUGAUGACAUUUAGAUACCAAUUGUUCUCCCAGAGAUGGUUUUACCAAGAUUCAUCAAGGGAAUUAAUUUCUUGAGGAGAAGCCAAGAAUCAGCAAGGGAAUUAAUUUCUUAAAGCAAAGCCAUUUCAGCAUGUAUCCUUUUCUUUGAAGCUUAUUUUAUUUAUCACAUUGACUUGGUAGCAAUUAGUUAGUUCUGGCUACCACUAGAAUCUCCUUUCAGCAUUCGACAUUUUGUAAGGUGGAAGAUAAAUAGGCUUAUUUCUAAAAGCAUUGGGUGUAUGAACGAUUUUGUAACGGAAAUAUAUAUCCAACGUAUUUGGAAGUGGUGAGUCGUUGAAA